AUGGCAAACUCAUCCCCACCGACGCGUCUUCAACGCGACGUUCGUCCCUCUUCGGCAAAUCGUCUGAGCUACCCAUGGGGCGCAAACGUCGACUUCGACCUGGAACAAUUAACCCUCGAGGACCGCAAUUCAGAGGAGAGUCACAGAAGAGGUCUAGCACAUGCAAGGCAAUUUCAUGCCAACCUCCGAAAGACCGCCGUCGAUGUCUUGAACCAAUAUCACCUCCAAGAGGAGCAGCAGCGGGUGAAACUUGAGCAAGAGCGGGAAGAAGCCAGGUUACGGGCUGAAGCACAACUUGCCGCCGAACGCCAAAGAUUGGAAGCACUCAAGGCGAAGACUAUACCCGUACCAUCGCCGCCAACAACAAAACCUGAGCCUGAGCCUCCCAAGGCGACCGAAGAGGUUCCUAAACCUCAAGCUCCUCGACCCUCUGCCAAUGGACAAACAUCACAAGCCCCUACUGGGAGUCAAAAGCAACCCGACCUGAACGGUUCGAAAUCAUCAACUACCCAGAAGCCUGCCUCGGCGCUCUUUGGAUCAAUACAGGGCAACACGCAACCUUUCCAACCACAAUCGACGGCGAUAAAGGAGCCCGCAAAUGCCCAGACCCAGCCAAAUAUACCCAUAAAUACACCCGAUCCAACAACGGCAGAUUCGAGGCCAUCUCCUGCCGUGGAAGUUCCCAAAUCUGACCGCUAUGUGGAGGUUCAUCGGAAUCUCAAGCAGCUCAGAACCUUCAUGGAACAGCAGAGAGGGAAGAAUCCGCAACUUAAGAAGAAUAUGGGAGACAUGCGCCGAUUUAUCAGAGUGAAGAUCGGACAGUUGACACCCGGCGCCAACAAAGAGCAAGCCGAGGAUAUAAAGAAGAAACUGCGUGAGGCCCUGAGUGGCCAAAUACCCAGUGAACCGGAGGAUCCCAACAAGUUCCUGCUACAGCCUAGGAAUCCUGUUGAAGGGGUGCAAAACAACAGCCCGUACCUGCCAUCGCUGUAUCUUUAUCUGCUCAAUGUUUUUGCGAAAGCGGUGAUAGCACAGUUCGUCAACGAAUGCGGCGCAAAACCGCAGGCAGCUGAUCCUAUCGGUACUCUUGUGGCCAAGGUCUUUGCGGAUCCCGAGUUUCACUGGCGAGGAGGUUCAAUGAUUGACAUUCUGUUGGCGAAAUUCAGGGUCUCCUGUCCAGUCCUGUUCGGUUUCCGAGGAAACGACAAGACGGAACAGGGCAGGCUCCGUGUCGGCUGGAGGAAGGACAAGGGCGGUAGCUGGGACGCUGAGCAGACUCACGUUGACCGUAUGACGGGCUUGGGCGCUGGAUUUGCGGCCAUAGCACUUCGCGAUUUCGCCAGGGUCAAGCUCAAGAAUCCUUACCCGCCCUCAAAUUACUGGACCGCGCUGGCCAGGAUUAUCAACACGCCUGCGAACGAAAUCUCUGACACACAGUGCUAUGUGCUCAAGGCCAUGAUUGAGAAUCAUGAAAAGCGAUUUAUUCAGUUCUACGGCACCGCAGCCGUUGCUGCGCUCCGUGUUGCGCUCGUCGAGUUUCCUGCAAAGGUACAGAAGAAGUCGGCAGCGGUCAGUGCGCUGCCUGUGUUAGCACAGAUUUUGAAACGAGACACAGGUCUGAACCUGCUGUGA